GAAUUCAAGUAUCUCACUUCUUUUUUUCUUUUUAUUUGUUAUUUUCUAUCCGCUGGUCUCCCUUUAGCUCCAUGUGUUUAAAUCACGUGAACGUAACUUCCGGUAGGCUGGUGAGUUGUGUUGUGAUUAAAGCUAGCGUUCGCUUGUCGGUUUCAUUUUUUAGUCCUUCUUGUAAAAUGCCUUCGAUAGGCUCCGGGACGACGUGUGCAGUUCGUGGUUGUCACUACAACCGGAAAAAACUAAACGUGUGGUUAAAGCAGGAGUGUUAUGAUCACAAACCGCUCACGAAGUCGGACUGCUCCUGUCCGCAAUGGUAUUAUUUCUAUCGGCUUCCCACUGACGAGGAGGACCGGAGGAUUUGGCUCAGAAACCUGUACCUGAAAAGGCCACCAAAGGCCCUGUACGUCUGCUCGUUUCACUUUGUUGACAAGAAGCCGACAGAGAAAAAUCCCUAUCCGACACUGUGGCUCGGUCACCGCAUUCCCCCGGAGAAGAAGCGCCGUGUUAUAAAGAAAGAAACCACCGACGUUGGGAUUAAAGAUGAGCCUGAAGACAUAGCUAUUGACACUUUCACACUGACUGAUGCUGAAACCCCAGAUGGAGCAAUACCACAAAACAGUGCGCUUUGAUGAAGUUCAGCAUCAAUGAAGUAGAGUUUGUUUUUAAACUGUGUCAGUGUCUGUUUCAGUGCCUCUUGAGGAGCUCCUUCAUUUUCAGAUUCUUUAAGGACGCUCAAGAAACAAACCACAGCUUGGUGUGUGGAUUGAUGUAAUGGUUGAAUGCGAAAGCAUCACUAUGACCAAACCACUGGCAUUUCAGUACAGAGCACAUAGUCUGUUCAGAGAGGGCUCUUUAACCAUAUUCUGGAUUACAGAAGUAUAAAUGUGAUGUGCAGAAAGGAGAAUACUAAAGACUAACUCUCUCUGGCAUAUUAUUAUAUUGCCAGUAACUGGUUCAGUUCCCAGUUUGCUUUUCAGAACUCCCCGAGUUAUUUCUGACGUUGAUUCUACAAUAUGCUGGAAACAUUGUUCAGAGAUUUUGCUCCAUAUUGGAAUGACUGAAUCAUACAGUUGCUGCAGAUUUGACGUGUGAAUCUCCUGUUCCUGGCACGUCCUAAAAAAGCUCUACUGGAUUCUGAUGAACUUGAAGGACUGUGCGCUUUUUCUGCUGUAGCUCAUCUGCUUUAAGGUAUUAUGAUGUGCUGUGUUCGCAUCAAUCUUCUGCAGACCUCUGUUGAAAAAGUGAUUAUUGUUGUGUGUGAAGAUCACAGCUGAUCAGUAGUUUCUGAAAUACUCAGAACAGCCCAUCUGACAACUUCAACCUCAAAGUGAACAGUCUAUUUUCCAUGUGAAGCCAUUAAGAUUCAUUUCCGAAUAAAGCUUCCAAUGAGUCAAAGAGAACAAAAUCAUUGCUUCUUGAUGAACUGGUGCCAAAUAUCAAAAAGAAAAAAAUGCAAUUUGCCGUAGUUCUUAUGUAAUAAUUUAUUUGCGCCUUUGAAGAAUCUCAGUGAACGCACUGUGGCUUUUUGAGGUGUGAGAUUUUUGGGGAGGCAGAUACUCAAGACACUUCUGGAUGUAAUAAUACUGAAACGUAUUGAUGAUAGACUUUUGCUGAGGGGAUUAUAGAAUGACAGAAAACAUAAUUUCAUUUAUUGUGCAAUGUGGUAGGCUGGUUUGACCCUUCACACCUGUUUUUGUUAUUACAUGAUCUAAAAAUGUAUGCGCAUGUUGGCCUUUUUCUGCAAGUUUUCAGAAUGUGCAUAAAAUUUGGUGGGUGGAAAGAAAACUACGUGAAUCAUUUGGUACUCUCUGUUUGAACUUCAGCAGAUUGUCUCGACAAUGUCUAAAUGUCACCAAGUGAUUGGUUGAUUAUUUAUUUGCAUUAAUGAACAGGUGUACUCAAUAAAGAAACCAACAAGUGAAUAAUGCA